AUGUGGAACGCUUUGACGGUGUCGACUCUUCUCCUUGCAACCAGCUCGGUUGCUGCGCCCUCCGAAUGGCUCGUACGACGAGCCGAUGAUCUUGUGGGUUGCUAUAGCAGCUCCCUAGGCAUGUCCAACAAAACCUCGAAUGAAUUCCAGAGUUCAGGUUGGUGCCAAGAUAGAUGCAUGGGAGAUGGUGCAGCUGCUUUUGCUUUGACCGGUGGCUCGUACUGUCUAUGUGGUAAUGAGCUACCACCGUCGUCGGACAAGGUCGAUUCGAGCAACUGUAAUACACCAUGCCCUGGUUGGCCGAAGGAUAAGUGUGGUGCGGAUGACUACUAUUCAGUGUACACGACAGGCUUAGAAAGCAAUGUGGAGAGUUAUUCAGCCUCGACGACUAGCAGCAGUAGCAGCAACUCGACCGCCUCUGAGACCAGCAACGCAGGCGGGAGUGCAACAACUAACUCCGCCGGGCAAACCGUUUAUGUGACGGAUACCAGCAAUAACGAUGCCGCCGCCGCCGCUUCCGCCCAAGCUGCGAAGCAGCAAGAUGAGGAGAAGCAGAACAAAAGUCACAACACCGCGGCGAUUGCUGCAGGCGUUGUGGUUGGUGUGGUUGGUGUAGCUGCUAUGGCUGGAGCUGCCUUCUUCCUCUACCGUUCUCGGAAGCAAAAGGCUCAGGGAUACCGUGGUGGUCGUGAUUCGGGACUGCCGUCCAUGUCAGAUUCGCGAUUCGACGGCCAGUACAUGGCACAGCGCCGGCAAAGCAAUGGCAGUAUCGACGAUGAUCAAGAUUUCUCUCGUCGAAUCCUGCAGGUGACCAAUCCUGAUCGCUAA